AUGAAAGCAACAGUGAUAAAACUAUUGGUCUUCCUGAGUUUGACAAGCCAGAUUGGAGGUCAAAGUAAGUUUUUAUUAUAAAAGUAUAACCAAACCUCCGUAUAACAAAUCGCAGGGCCAAAAAGAGAGCUAUCGAAGGCUCAUGUAAAGGGCGGUUAAUGCAAUCCUAAAAAUGAGUUAUCUGACCUUUGAAAUUGUUUGUUAUAGACAGGUUUUGUUGUACAGGGGUUUUGCAAUACUAAGAAUUUUUUGGGUGAACAUUCUUGGAACCUCUCUACAAUGCACUUUCAUACACAAGAUCUCUGUAUAACAGACUGUUUCUGAGCCUCGAAAAAGUCAAUUUUAUGCCAAAAUUAACCUUCAUACAACGAAACACUUAUAAAAAUAUAACUUUUUUUUGGUCCUUGUAAUUUGUUAUAUGCAGGUUUUGGCUGUUUCUUAAAAAUUCAUUUGAAGGAUAAAAAAAAUUUAAUUUCUAAAAUUUGGAAAAUUUGUUACCCAUUUCAGCCCUGACUAACCAGCCAGUCCAAUCUAAAUAUUUUGAAAUGCGUCUGGAAGACUUCCACGACACCUCCCCUCAAAGUAUGGGGGUCUAUCCCACGCUAUCGGAACUCUCUUUGGACGCCCUUUUGGAUGAUGAGAAAUCCCCUCCAGAUGUGUAUUACCGACAAGUCUUUAGCAACAUGAAAAAGGUGGCGCCGAACUUGAAGACAUUGUCCAUUUAUGGAGGAUACAAGUUCAGACCCGAAUAUCCGGUAAAUGAAUGCUUUCUUUCUGAGAGGGGAAGUACUCCAAGUGCGACGCUCAGAUUUUGAUGAAACUUGGCACAAAUUUAGAAUAACUUUUUCUAAGACAUAUGCGAGAAUCCUAGCUCACGCUUUGCAGAAACAACCGAGAUUUUUAGAUCGAAAGUCGGCAAAAAAUUUACACUUUUUGCCGAAUUUCUGCACGAAAAGUUUCAUGCCAAUUUCUACCGUAAAGGAUAAUUUUUCUACAAAAAAUAAAAUUUUUCCGAACGAAACUGCCAAAGUUAUGGCCAAAAAACGUUUUACUCUCUGACCGCUCUCCGCGUUUCGCGUGCUCUCUCGGCUACAAAAACAGUUCCUUAUCUCGGUGGCGCUUGCAAAGCGCGAGCUAAAACUUUUAGGAAUCGAUAUUUAGUUUUUGCCCGACGCGUGUGCAAAAUUUAGAGAAAAUCUGAGCGUCGCACUUGGGGUACUUCCCUUGUGAGUAAUAUCUUAUUUUUUGAUGCUAAACAUCUUAUUUUUCAUGAUGAUGCAUUUCUAGAAAAGCUACAUGAUCAGCAACGAGAUCCAACACAUCCAACGGAGUCUUCGGACCAUCGUGGGCGAAGCCCAUCAUGCCGGGAUAAACUUUGGCGACAUCAACAUGCAGGCCGUCCUCUAUUUCCCCGAGCGAAUGGUCCAAGAGUCCAACUACUUGUCGCUGAUCAAGAAACAUUUCCAUGUUGUCCGCACCAUUGGGCCUCGAGUUCAAUGCAAAUUUAUGAUCGAGAACACUCCGGUGGAGCUGUGGAUCACCAUGGAAGACGAGAUGUUCUGGCGCACCACUGGCAUCGACAGAACUCCGUUCCACGGCCGCGGCAAACGGCAGUUUGGAGUGCAGAAAAAACAUGAAGCGCUGUAUCAUUUGGAAGAUUUCUUUUAUGAAAAGGUGGUAAAGGAGAGAAAAGCGACCAGAUUCAUUUUGUUCUCGCCUAUUAAUAUGUUUGGAAGUGCGCCUCAAGGGCCGUAUGCGAUUGCGGCGAAGAAUUUGAAGACUUUGUCGCCGAAUGCGGACCACGUCCAAAUGUACGGCGGAGGGCAUGCGGCGUUGAAGGUAAGGUGGUGAUAAGAUGGGGGAGGAAAGAGCUGUAAAAGCAAAAGCUUUGAGAAGCCGUGACAAAUCGGAAAGGAAGUUUUACUUUGCCCCGACACAAUUCAUUUCCUCGCCGACGAUGCGAUUUUUGAUGCGACAGAGUGCUCUUUACUUUCGCAACUGACUGUUAUAAUAAUGGGGAUUUGCCGCAACGAAAUAUCUCGUCUCAUCGGUAAAUUCCUGGCCGCGGCCACCGCACACCGGUGAUCCAGGCUUGCGAAUCCACAUUGCAAUACUGCUGGCCCGAGAUGCCCAGAGCUGAACUUUUUCAAGGCCGUUAAACGCAUUGUUAACAAACUUUGGAAAGGAAAAAAUAUUCUUUAUAUCGGAGCUUGUAUCAUCAAGAAAGAUAAACAUCUUUGUUAGAGAAUUUCUGUAGACAACCUAAUUCUUAAAAAUAAGUUUUUCAGAGUUCAAGUGAGUUCCCCGGCGAGCUCAACCUUCUCCGUGACAACCUUUACGCGGCUGUGCAAGCGGUCCAACAAGCGGGAAUGAGCGUCGACAAUGUGAUGCUCAAGGUGUAUUAUACUGGAGUGGUAAGUAAUUUUUUUCAAAUUUUACGUAGGUGCACCUAUAUAACUAUUUUAAUUUUUCAAUCCCAAAUUUCAACUUUUUCAAGAAGUUUAGGGUUUCUUAAAUCGCGUUAUACAGAAACUAGAGACCCCAUUAACUCUAUAAAUUAUUUUUUUUACAUUCAUCUUUAAUUUAACUUCCCAAAUCAUUAAAUUUCAGUCGAUUCCCAACGCAAAUGCGGUGAUUUCCCAAGUGUUCAAAGUGACGCCCUCUCCUCAUGGUCCCACCGCCCAAUUCUUGGCCUUUUCCAUUGGCCAGACCCCUGUUCGGAUGGAGAUUGGAUUCACUUUACCGGCGGAAUAUGCGGCUCAGAUUGAUCCAAAAUCUCAUCGCAGUGUGUUCGAGGUGAUGCCAAUGCAUUUGCAGUUCGAUUCGUUGUUCGAAAAGAUCUACAAGAAGAGAACGUUGUAUCAGAAUGGAUGCAGAGCAAAGGGACUGCCCAAACAAGGAGUUUUCGACCCGUGUGGAGUCAAGGUAAAUUAACUUUUCAAAAAAUAAGAGUUUUGCGAAAUUCUAAAAAAUAUGUCAUCAUGACAUAUUUUUUGAUGCUUGAACGUAAACUUUUUCUUUUCUACGAUCGUAGCAAAGCUAUACAUAGCACAAUACAACGUAUAGCUUCCAUCACAGUCAUCUUUCCAGUUCAUUUUACACAAAAUUCCAAAAAAUCCGUCAUCAUGACAUCCUUUAGUCAAUAAAAUAUAAAACAAAUUUUGUCAAAACAUUGCUUUGUCAGUCUAAUCCUGCUCAAAUAAAAUUUUUUGCUAGUCAUUACAGCUUCUUAACCCAAUUUUUGAGUAAUGAUGACGGAUUUUUUGGAAUUUGAAAAAUCAUAAUUUUGAUGGUUUCCACCUCAAAAAUCAACAAAUUUCAGAUCAUUGCUCCUCAACAAACCAUCGAAAGUUUUGCGAUUAUAAAUCCAGCCACCACGGAGAAGCAAACUCAGCUCUUGCAUCUUACACUUGGUUCGAAUCCCCCGUUCCAUCUCAGAAAUAUGUCGCAAAUUUACCACCAGGCUUUCCGAAAUCUGAAAGCAAUUGCUCCGAAUCUUCGCGAUUUGAGUAUUGAUGCAAAAAUAACCAUCGACAGUGUGAGUUUUGGGCAUGAGUUUAGGGAAAAUUUGAUUUUUGAAAUUUCGAAAAUCAAACAAAUUUUUCUUUCUAGAAUCCUUAAUUUUUUGUUUUUCUGAGAUUUGAAUAUUCAAAUUUUUAAUUUUAAUUUUCGAAAUUUUUAGCAAGCCUCCGAAAAGGUUGGAAUAAUCAAAGCCGCCGUGAAGGAGAUGGUCAACGCCGCCAUCGAAGCCAAUAUAAAUUUGGCCAGAGAAUACGUUAAUUUGAACUUGGAUUUUGUUGGGGUACGUUGCACAUCUUAAAAUUACUUUUUUUUUAAUUCUGUAUAUGUAAUACUUAAAAAUUUCAAUGCAAAAUACGACCUAGAUCAAAUACCUUCAGUUUUACACCAAUUUUUCAGUCAUUCCCCUCGCCCAGUGCCUGGGAACGUCACAUGGGAGUCCCCGACAUUCCCCUCAAUCCCCCGUAUAAACUCGAAUACUACGAAGAUGAUGUUUUGGUCCGAAUCGAGACCAAUUAUUCGGCCGGAAUCUCGCGACGACGCUUUUCAAAGCUUCGCCGACGAGCGAAUCGUCGUCGCCUUCGAAUCAAAAUCUAA